GAACACAAGUAACAGCAGAAAGGAAUGCUUGGCUGCUGUUAUUUAACAGUCAGAGCUAAUGUUAAAUAAUUGCCGCUGUUAUCAUCACACGAGAAGAAGAAGAUUUAAUUAUUUUUGUUUUUCGGCCCGUGCGUAUUUUUUCUGUCCCUUUUUUUCGUAUUGCAUAUAAAAUAAAGUACGCCAUAUAAAUAGAACUUGCCCGAGUUUCACAGCUGCUGCAAUGUCAGCGUUUACGGAAUCCGCGCUACUCAAGAAGCUGUCGGAACUGAACCCCAGCCAGCAGAGCAUACAAACAUUGUCCUUAUGGCUUAUACAUCACCGCAAACACCACACGGUCAUAGUGCAGACCUGGCAGCGCGAAUUACAGAAUGUACCGGAGCCUAAGAAACUAACGUUCAUGUAUCUGGCCAACGAUGUCAUUCAGAACAGCAAAAAGAAGGGCCCCGAAUACGGCAAGGAGUUCAGUAAUGUGCUGCCCAAAGUGUUUGGCCAUAUUGGUGAAACCUGCAGCUCAGACAAGCUGCUGGGCAGCCUGGGACGCAUCCUAAAUAUAUGGCAAGAGCGCGGCGUCUACGAUCCCAAGGCCAUUGCCGAUUACCGAGCGCGCAUGCACCGCGAGACAAGCGCCGCAACAGCCGCCAAUACCGCUGGCAAUGGUAGUGACACUGCUGCGGGUCACAAGCACAACCACAACAGCAGCAGCAGCAGCAGUGGCAACAAAGCGGAAAGGUCGGAGAAACGCGAGAAGCGCAAGCAUGAGGAGCGGCACAUGAAAUCAAAGCGAUCGCGUGGAUCGCAUCACCAGAGCGCCAGCGUUGAGACGCCAGCAGCUGAAGCGGAAAAUGGGCAUACGCCGCCAUAUUUGCCAUUGGGCGAACCGCCUGAGCCCGAGGAGCUGAUCAAAGCGCUGACCAGUAUUGAGAAUUCGGCGUCCAGCGAUGCGCUGGUGCGGGAACGCAUCGCCAAGCUGCCGCCGGAGAUAUCGGAAAUAAGCUGCAUUACCAAACUAGAGGAUAAGGACAAGGCAAAGGUCUUAGCCAAGCAGGUCAAUGAAGCCGUGGAUUUGCUGAAUGAAUACAAUGCACGUCUCUCAGCCGAAAUGGAGGAGCGCACCAAAUUGGCCGCCAUGCUGCGGGACUUUCAGGCGGAACAAAAGGAGCUGCUGGCUCAGGCUGAGCAGCGCUUGGAUGAACACAAGAAGAAGCUGGCAAAGAUGUUGGGCCUGCAAAAAGAGAUACACGAUCAUUUAUCCAAUUUGCCAGACCUGACACAGCUGCCAGACGUAACUGGCGGCCUGGCACCGCUACCCUCAGCCGGCGAUCUCUUUAAUACACUGCAUUGAAUCGAUUCCCGAAAUUCCGGAUGCCCAGAUAACAACAGAACAUCAGCACAUCCAGAUGAUUCGAGGACAACAUUUGAUAAGUGCUGAGUCAAAUCCUAGAUUUUUACAUAAUAUAUAUUAAAUAUCAACUAUAAUGGCCGUAGUGCGCAUGUAUUUGAGCCACUUUCAACAAAAUAAUAAUAAUUGAUUGUAAUUAACAUUUA